AUGGCCGAAGAGCUGAAUAUAGAAGUGGAGGAUGGUGGAAUGAACAACUCGAUCGCAGAGGAUGAAAUGGAUUCUGAAGAAGAAAUCUGGAGAGGUGGACGGCUAGCAAAAGCUUACGAAUAUGCUCGAGAACUGGGGGAUCUCCUCACAGGCGGCAAUUUUGACAGUUUCCGUUCCGUGAUCGAUCGUUUAAAUGAUCCAUUGUUGCGGGACAUCGAUUGGUCUGCCGUUUUAAAUUUCCCAUUUGCAAUUAACGGAUCAGUGCUCCAAAUCGCAGCGGCAACCGGGAACAUCGAAAUCCUAAGCUGUCUGGUUGAUUAUGUUGGUGAACACCUCAUAACCGCCCAAGAUAAUCGUGGAAAUACCCCACUCCACUUGGUCGCUUGGUUGGGGGGAUCUACUGAAGCGGCACAGAUGUUGAUUGGCCGGGCAAGAGACCUCCCCAACGUCGAGGACAAGAACCUCUUGAGGAUGAAGAACAAACGUGGAGACACCGCUUUGCACGAGGCCGUGUGCAAUGGACAUGCCGACAUGGUGGGCUAUUUGUUGAGCGAAGAUUUGGAGCCCGUGUACUGGAAGAACGCGAGUGAGAAAUCUCCCCUGUACCUAGCCCUCCAGGUUGACGACCGCAGCAUACUUGAGGCUUUAUUUUCACACUCGUUGGAACCAUCGAGGAUAGAAGGCUUGCCGCCCAUUCAUGGUGCCAUUGUACGUGGAAAAUGGGAUUUACUCGACCUGAUACCCAAGAAACACAUGAAGCUAUUCACAAUGACUGACUCCACCGGGGGCAAUGUAUUCCAUUUAGAAGCUCACCUGAAUCGGCCCCGGGCAUUCCAAUUUUUACAACCAGAAACUGAAUAUUUGACCCUAGAACAGGACACAAAUGGAGAUCUCCCCGUUCAUAUUGCGAGCAAGAUGGGUUAUGUUGAACAUAUCGAGAGGCUAGAGAAAGUAUCACAUUGUCUAAAUGGGCAAGGGCAAACUGUUCUUCAUGUCGCCGCAAAAUAUGGGAGAGCCUCCGUAGUGAGAUAUAUACUCAGCAAUCCAAAACUAGUGCACUUGUUAAAUUUAGCAGAUCAUGAUGGAAAUACAGCUUUGCACUUGGCUGCGAUGCAUUCACAGCCCGCUGCUUUGAUUCAUCUUGUGCGGACUGACGGAAUUCGACUCGACGUUCGCAACAACCAAUGCUUGCUCGCUUUUGACGUUGCUCUACGACGACGCAAGGCAGAGGGGUAUAAGAUUCGGCAUGUAUUGGCAUGCCUGGCGUUGCUUUGCUCGCUCGCGGGAAAAGGUUUACUUGGAAACCAAGAGUUAAUCCUACUUAGAGCGGAAGCUCGAGAUGAAGAGUUAUCAGUAGUCCGCUCGCGCAAAAGCAUGCCGAGCAGCUCGGACACAGCCUCCAAAGAUGACCGGGGCAUGGCUACGAUGCUGGACAAUCGAAUGUUCCAGGCUUUCGUGAUUUGCAACACCAUCGCGAUGUUCUGCUCAAUGACUGCGGUCGUCAACCUCAUCUGGGCCCAGAUAGUUGAUGUCGACGUUGCAGUCGCUGCAUUCGAGCGCACAACGCUACCACUACAAAUUGCACUCCCAGCGAUGUCCACCGCUUUCUUAACUGGUGUCACCUUGACCAUUGGCAAACUCCCGUGGCUUGCUAACACCAUAUUUUAUUUGGGACUCGUUUUCCUCCUCAUUAUCUCAUUUGCUAAAUUGUUAGGGGACCCUCCCAUCUUCGGUCAUCCUCUCCGUCGACUAACAUUCUGGCUUAUUCUCGCUUACGUUUAUGUGUGGAGAGUUGAGACGUACAUUUAUGAUGACAAUGACGCGGAAGAUAACAGAAGGGAGAAGAAGACCUUCGCUAGUCCGCCUGUGGAUGAUGCCGGUGAAUCGAGGACCGAUGACUCGGCUAAAGCAAAAUGUGAGGAUGCGUUACAUCCUCCAAGUCACUGA